GUUUGGAUGAUGGAAACACUAGCUAGUGUACGGCUAAUAUUAGCACAAAAAAUGAGCAAAGUUUUUGCCGAUGAUCUACAGCAGCUUUAAUACUGUUGGCUUGACAGCAGUAUCCCAAUCGUGUGACUUUAUCAAGCUUUCUGGUUUGCUUUAAGACCUUAGACCCUAAAUUUGAAUUCAAGUAGAAUCGGCUACGAUUCGAUGCUUGCAAAACAUCGUAUACUUAUUAUAAUCUAUCCUUACAAUUACGAAAACUUAGUUAGAAUAAAUUUCGGGUAUCUGUAAAAUUAAUUACAGCAAACGUUUGCCGGUUACUCGAACCUUAACGUUGCUAAUGCCUUGCUAAUGCUGUUCCAAUAUUCUCCAUUAACAUUCAAUCUUCCGGCUAGCCACAUGGAGUUGUCCGGGUACACAUUCAGAACUGCGCCAUCAUUUUCCUAAGAUUGAAACGUUAAUUAUAAUAAUGAUACUUUGUGGAGCUACCGAUAUCAAGCAUUUGCAAGCGUACAACAUAGUAAUUGUCCUUUGCGGAUUAGCUGUGCUCGGUGUUGGAGUAUGGAUGGCGUUACAGGUGGACUCUAUGAGCUUUCGCACUGCUUUAGAAAAUUUGGAUUUAUGGGGUCCAGCAGCACAGGCAGUCGAAACUCUGUUCAAAAAUGCGUUACGCCGGGUGAAGGAUUCUGCUGUAGUCCUCAUAGCUGCAGGAGGCCUUGCCGUUGUAAUAGGAGCGGCGGGAAUUCUCACAACCUACACUAAAUUUCUAUUAAUCCUGUAUGCCGUCAUGCUUCUUAUAGUGGUCAUCAUGGAGGUGGGAGCGGCAACCACUUUCGCCCAAAGUGCUCCCCAGGUCGUGGAAGCGGUGGAGGUGGAAAUGAAAAAGUUAAUCCCGGCGUACGAUUUCACUCCAACUGUCAUGGGAAGGCGUAAUCGGAUCAUUCCCAUUCACCACAAAAGAGUCGACAAUGCCACUGCAGUGUCCACGCUGAUGGUCAACGUUAUUCAAGCCUGGGUUGGCUGUUGUGGAGCAGAGUCGGGAUUUUUGGAUUACAAUCAGACAAGGUUUUGGAAGAAGAGUUGGAAUAUUAGCUCGCAAGUUGUGCCGAUUUAUUGCUGCAAGUUUUCCAACUGGCAAAAAUUGGAACUUGUUGAUCCUAACUGCUUUUUUGUCCGUACUCCGCUCAACUCAUGGAUGAACACGGGUUGCAUUAAUAAAACGGAAGCCCUGGUUCGUAAUAAAUUUCCCAUUGUGACAGCCGUUUCCGUAAUCGCAGGACUUGUUGAGACUGGAGCGGUCAUUUUUGCGUUCGGCUUGAGUUACUCCAUUGGAAAGCCGGGAUAUUAUGAACUUUGAUCCUUUUGAAUUUUGUUGUACUCCUCUCGCACGAGUGCUUUUGUAUCAAGUAAAUGCAGAAUUUCAACCGGUACCAAUUUAACCAGAAUCUGGUAAAGAAUCAGAAUCACACGAUAUCAAGUUUGACCUUUCCGAUGUUCGAAUUUCCAAAUUAAAUGAUGCAUUCCAGAUGUUGACUUCCUGACUGUUAUUACCCCAUUAGAGCCCAUUUCAAACUCCGAAAUGAAUAAAAACA